GCUCAUUCAACCUCGCUCGUCGUCGUCGUCGUCUCCACUUCGAUUUUUCAAUCAGUAAUAUUGGUGGUUCAGAGAUGAUGAUGAUGAAUCUUUUAAGGAGAUCAGCGAUAGCCAUCGGCCGCCAAUCAAAAUCGAAACUGGCGUCGUUUUCCUCCGCUACACAACCUUGUUCCGGAAUCCCAAAAUCGUCCAAGAGGGUUUUUAGCAACUCAUUUCUUUCAAAGGACUCUACUGGAGCUAAUGGACUAUUGUUUCGCUUCCGAAACCCGCAAGCAAGUAUAUGUACGGAAGCUCGUCCAAAGAACAUCAACUCAUCUUACUUUACCAGAUCUUUUGCAUCAAGAACUUCAAAAGAACCUGGGAAUCAGCAGAAUAAGGCUAAGAAAGAGGUGACGACUGUGGAGGAUCCUUUUGAUUCUCCUACAUACCACAUCCCGGAGAAGCCGGUGACCUUUACAGAAGGUGCGUCCUACAGUCUUGUUAUUCUGGCUGGGCUUGGUGUCGCUGGAGCUGCUGGCUACGGUGUGUUUAAAGAGCUCAUUUUUCAACCAAAAGAGUACAAGGUCUUUGACAAAGCCUUGAAGAGAAUUCAAGAUGAUGGUCAGGUGAGGGUUAGGAUUGGAUCCCCCAUCAAAGGCUAUGGACAAGAAACUAGAAACCGAGCUGCUCGUCAACGUAUACCCAACAGAGUAUUUACAGAUGAAGACGGAGUGGAGCAUGUUGAGGUAAACUUCUACAUCCGUGGGCCUCAAGGAGCAGGGAAAGUGUACACGGAGAUGUUUAAAGACAAGGCAGAGAAGGAAUGGAAAUACACGUACCUGAUCGUAGAGAUUUUAACACCUUCCCCAGCCAAAUUGAUGCUGGAGUCUUAUUUGCCUGCCUAAAGCACUCGUAUUUAUGACUCAGCAGAUCCGGAAAACAUUCAGAAACGGCUUAGAUUGUUUUAGUUGGGGUGUUGGAGAAAAGAGAGAGAAUUGUGUUACACAUGAGCUGUAGGAAUGACUUCUUAUCAAGCAACUGUUUGCUAAUUGAAAAACAAGUCUAAACUGUGUUUAUGAUCCUCUUGGGGAUGUCUAGGAUUUUGAACCGAAUUCAAGUUUGAGGCUUGAUAAUAUUUUUAUGCGUAAACAUGAAACAGAGACAUGGAGAAUGCAUAUAUCAUGAAGCAUCAAGUAUACAAUAGAGGCAAUCAUGGAUCAAACGGUGUUUAUGGUAUCAGUAAGACAGCGGAGAAUGCAACCGGGACCAACUCUCUCUCUGAGUUUCCCCGAGCCAUCAAGGCUACAAACAUCUCGACUACAAGGGCCAAUCAAAUUACAUAAUCACGGAAAAAACAAGGAUAGAUACAAGCAAACCUAACACUCGAGCAAUAAUUUGAGUAAUAGAAACAAGAAACCAGAAAUCGAAACGAAACGGAACGAAACACAAGAUUUCCUAAUUAAUCUUGUGUUUAAUUAAGAAAAGAAAACACAAAAAAGUUGAAAGGUUUAGUGGUGCAUCCACGUAGCAAGACAUUUUAGGUGUACGUCGACCAUAUUGUUGGCCGUUUAUAGAGCAUCAUCCACUCUCCUCGACGAGCAAGAUCAUGCCGCCUCUGGAUUCUUCUCAUUCAUCGGUGUUCCUGCGAUCCCCUCCGUAGCACCCUCCGCCUCCUCAGCGCCUUCCCCGUGUAAAUUACCGUUCUGCAUGUUUAGAAAUUUGAC